AUGGAGUCAUUGCUAGGGUUUAAGGAACCAACCAUAAAUGACGUUAUGGAACACAAAACCUACGGAUACAAAUUGGUCCCCUGGAUUAGCUGGGACGAGUGGGACUUCGUCAGGGAGUCUCUCUUCUCUUCUUCUCCACACUCCGUGGCCUCAGCUCUCCAAAGAAUAAUGGCCUGGCGGGGCAGAGGAUGUGUUCCCGUUGUGGUCGAAGUCACAGCUUCCCUCAUCGAAAUCCAGCAGAAAGAUCCUUUCUUUAGAGUUGACUUAAGUGAGGAUGGUCUGCAAUCAGAGGAGAUGCUGGUCAUGCUAUAUUCCAUGGCGAUAAUGAGGCUUGUAAAUGGUGUUGUGGAGAAGACACGCAAGAAGACAGAGGUUUCAAUUGCCGAGGCGGCUGAUGCAAUUGGUAUUCCUCGUAUGCUGAUUGAUAUUCGUCAUNUGUAA